CUCUGGGCGGAAACAGUUAACAGCAUAAUGAGCCGGAGUGUGAGGGGGCUGGGUCUAACCGCGCAGUGUGCCAGUGGCAGCCAGGCAGCGUACACACGCUCACACACACAGUCAGUCACUACUGUACACUGAUGGAGCCGCUAAUCUGUGUCAGUCCGGCAGCCAGAGCCCUGUGAGGAAGCACCGCUGUGAGGAAGCACCGCUGUGAGGAAGCACCGCUGUGAGGAAGCACCGCUGCGGGUCUGGAGCCGACGCUGCCAAAUCCACAGACCGUCGGACACGCUGCCGAGCCCGGCCACUGCUUGUCCACAAGCUGCGUGUUGUGUAGAGCAAGCCGGAGGACGCUGAACCCCGAACUGAAGGAAUGUGACGCGUUGUGGUGAAGUCCCAUCAGGUGCUGACGGCUCUGCUGACAAGUUUACGCACCGACUCUGCUCAUGCUCGCGCUAAUGAAGGCUUUUCUUUAACGAAUGACGCCACCGCCGCCGCUUGACAGGUUCACCACGCACAUCUAUUGGAAGAACUAGUGAAGGUAACAUUACUGAAGCAUCUCCGAGGCUGUGUCCAGAUCAUUUGGAAACAUUUGUUUGCCUGUGGAUGUGAGUGUAGCGCAUCAGUUGAGACCCAGAAGACGGACAGCAGCUGCGCUGGAGGGAAACCGGAUAACCGGGACAUCCAGUUUAAAUGAAGAGAAACAUGUGAAGAGCCUCGCGGAGAUUUGACCUGCGAGUUAGCCUUCAGCAACAAAAAGGCGAAGGUCUCCUCCCGUCUUUCCCUCGUCAAUUCUCUCUGCUUCCUCUGCCGUUUCCUCGCAGGCCCGUUAAACAUGGAGGGCCGGCGGGCUACGCGCAGGACUUUAACGCCUGACCCUAAAGUAGGAGCUUUAGCUACUCUGCUAAGCUUUUCUCUUUGCAACCCUGCCUUGUGCAGUGGGCAGACAUUCACUACUUUCCACCCCGAACGUCGGGACUGGCUCUUCAACCACCUGACGGUCCACCAGAGCACGGGGGCGUUGUAUCUCGGAGCAGUUAACCGUGUAUACAAGCUGUCAGGCAACCUGACCCUCCUCGUUUCCCAUGAUACGGGCCCAGAGGACGACAACAAGGCCUGCUACCCCCCUCUGAUCGUCCAGCCCUGCUCUGAACCCCUUGUCUCCACCAACAAUGUCAACAAGCUUCUCCUCAUUGAUUAUUCCCAAAACCGGUUGCUGGCCUGUGGCAGCCUCUACCAGGGGGUCUGUAAACUCCUCAGAUUGGAUGACCUCUUCAUCUUAGUGGAGCCGUCCCACAAGAAAGAGCACUACCUCUCCAGUGUCAACCAGACCGGGACCAUGUACGGGGUCAUUGUGCCUUCACAGGGCCAGGAUGGCACCCUGUUUAUCGGCACAGCAGUGGAUGGGAAACAGGACUACUUCCCCACUAUCUCCAGUCGAAAGCUGCCCCGCGACCCAGAGUCCUCUGCGAUGCUCGACUAUGAGUUGCACACCGACUUUGUGUCUUCCCUCAUCAAGAUCCCGUCAGACACACUGGCGCUAGUCUCCCAUUUUGACAUCUACUAUGUGUACGGCUUCGCCAGCGGCAGCUUUGUCUACUUCCUGACCGUGCAGCCCGAGACGCCGGAGAACAGCAUGUCGUCGAGCGGAUCCAGCAGCGACCUCUUCUACACCUCUCGCAUCGUCCGCCUCUGCAAAGACGAUCGCAAGUUCCACUCCUACGUCUCUUUGCCCGUCGGCUGUGUGAAGAACGGCGUAGAGUACCGGCUGCUUCAGGCCGCUUACCUCGGCAAGCCGGGCCGCGUUCUCGCCGCCUCGCUCAACAUCAGCGCCCAGGACGAUGUGCUCUUCACCAUCUUCUCCAAGGGCCAGAAGCAGUUCCACCGCCCGCCCGAUGACUCGGCGCUCUGCGUCUUCACCAUCCGAGACAUCAACGCACGGAUCAAGGAGCGCCUCCAGUCUUGCUACCAGGGUGAAGGAAACCUGGAGCUCAACUGGCUGCUUGGGAAGGAUGUGCAGUGCACCAAAGCGCCGGUGCCCAUCGACGACUCUUUCUGCGGUCUGGACAUCAACCAGCCUCUCGGCGGUUCCCAGCUGGUCACCGGUCACACUCUCUAUACCGAGACUCGGGACCGCAUGACGUCUGUCACCUCCUAUAUCUACAACGGCUACUGUGUAGCCUUCGUGGGCACCAAGAGUGGACGCCUAAAGAAGAUUCGCGUCGACGGGCCUCCUCACGGCGGCGUCCAGUAUGAGACGAUGUCGGUGAUCAAGGACGGCAGCCCUGUCCUGCGAGAUAUGGCCUUCUCCCUCGACCGCAACUACCUCUACGUCAUGUCUGAGAGACAGGUUACCCAAGUUCCCAUCGAGUCAUGUGAGCAGUACGGGACCUGUGGCGAGUGUUUGAGCUCCGGGGACCCACACUGCGGCUGGUGUGUCCUGCAUAACAUCUGCUCUCAGAGGAACCGGUGUGAGCGUGCAGACGAGCCGUACCGCUUCGCCGCCUCUCUCAACCAGUGUGUGAAGGCCACUGUGUACCCAGACAGCAUUGCGGUGUCAGAGCCCAGUGUACCUCUGCUGGUGAAGGUGAGCCACGUUCCAGACCUUUCUGCGGGCAUCACCUGCUCCUUCGGCAACCUGACGGAGGUGGAGGGGCAGGUCAACGGCAACCAGAUACUGUGUGUGUCUCCUGCUGCCAAGGAUGUCCCCCUCAUCCCCACCGACCAAGAUUGGUCAGGCGUUGAGCUGAGGCUCAACUCUAAGGAGACCGGUCAGAUGCUCAUCAGCACAGAGGUCAAGUUUUACAACUGCAGCGUCCACCAACUGUGUCUGUCGUGUGUGAACAGUGCCUUCCGCUGCCACUGGUGCAAGUACCGCAACUUGUGUACCCAUGACCCCUCCAGCUGUUCCUUCCAGGAGGGACGAGUCAACGCCUCUGAGGACUGUCCCCAGCUAGUGCGCUCUGAGGAGAUACUGAUCCCGGCGGGGGAGGUGAAGCCUAUCACCCUGAAGGCCAGGAAUCUGCCCCAGCCCCAGUCUGGCCAGCGGGGCUACGAGUGCGUCCUCCACAUCCAGGGGGUCAGCCACCGAGUCACCGCCCUCCGCUUCAACAGCUCAAGCGUUCAGUGCCAGAACAGCUCGUAUCUGUACGAGGGAAUGAAAAUCAGCGAGCUGCCUGUGGAUUUCUCGGUUGUGUGGAACGGCAACUUCAUUAUUGAUAACCCGGAGAAUAUACAAGUGCACCUGUACAAGUGCGCAGCCCAGCGGGACAGUUGCGGCACGUGUCUGAAGGCGGAGAGGAAGUUCCAGUGCGGCUGGUGCAGCGGAGAGGGAAGGUGUACCCUGCGCCACCACUGCCCUCCCAUCAACCCCUACACCACCCGCUGGCUAAACCUGUCCAGUAAGAAUGUCAAGUGCACCAACCCACGCAUCGCUGAGGUGACCCCAGUGGCUGGACCCCCAGAGGGGGGCACACAGGUGACCAUCCAUGGCACCAACCUGGGUCUGGCCUUCUCCGACAUGGUGGGCAACGUGGAGGUGGCCGGGGUGAGGUGUACCCCUGUAGAGGACGGCUAUAUCAUCGCUGAACAGAUUGUAUGCGAGAUGGAUUCAGCCCCUGCAGACAGCAGACCAGGUCCGGUCCAGCUGUGCGUCGGAGAGUGCAGGCCAGAACUCAGAGCUCGCUCCUCGCAACUCUACUCCUUUGUGACUCCCACGGUCACAGGUCUGUCCCCUAGCAGAGGUCCAGAGUCCGGAGGCACCAAAGUAACCGUAAUGGGAGAAAACCUUGGCGCCGGCAGCAGUGUCAACGUUCAGUUUGGAAACCAGACGUGCGAGUUCUUUGGACGGACCAUGACGGAGAUCGUUUGCUACUCUGCCCCCUCCCUGUCCGGGGUUGGUCAAGUGCAGAUCAGCGUGAGCGUGGACCGCGCCCAGAUCAGGGAGAGCCUCACCUUCGAGUACAUAGAGGACCCUACUGUCCAGCGCAUUGAACCAGACUGGAGCAUUGCAAGUGGCCACACCCCCCUGAUGGUGACCGGGACAAACCUGGACGUGGUUCAGGAGCCCAGGAUCCGCGUCAAAUACGCCGGCCGAGAGUCUGUCAAUGUGUGUAAAGUAUUGAACACCACCAGUAUGAGCUGCUUCGCCCCCUCCCUGAUGGCAGAGUACAGUCCCGGGCUGGACACUGUAAAGCACGCAGACGAGUUUGGGUUCAUUUUCAACAACGUCCAGGCGCUGCUGGUCUACAACAACACCAACCUGCUCUACUACCCGAACCCUUACUUUGAGCCCCUCAGCACCACUGGUGUCCUGGAGCAAAAACCAGGCUCACCCAUCAUUCUCAAGGGCAGAAACCUGGUUCCCCCAACAUCAGGAGGGGUGAAGCUCAACUACACCGUGCUGAUAGGAGAGACCCCCUGCUCCGUCACUGUGUCUGAGAGCCAGCUGCUGUGCGAGCCGCCCAACCUCACCGGACAAUACAAAGUCAUGGUUCAGGUAGGUGGUCUCCAUGUCUCUCCCGGUGCCGUCCACAUCAUGUCCGACAGCCUGCUGACCCUCCCGGCCAUCGUGAGCAUCGCUGCCGGCGGAGGCCUCCUCCUCAUCAUCGUCAUCCUCGUCCUCAUCGCCUACAAGCGGAAGUCGCGCGAAAACGACCUCACCCUGAAGCGCUUGCAGAUGCAAAUGGACAACCUGGAGUCACGAGUUGCCCUCGAGUGCAAAGAAGCCUUCGCCGAGCUGCAGACAGACAUCAAUGAGCUGACCAGUGACUUGGACAGAGCUGGUAUCCCCCAUUUGGACUACAGGACGUACGCCAUGAGGGUCCUCUUCCCCGGCAUAGAGGAUCAUCCCGUCCUCAGAGAACUGGAGGUGUCGGGGAAUGGCCAGCAGAACGUGGAGAAGGCCCUGAAGCUGUUCGGCCAGCUCAUCAACAACAAGCUGUUCCUGCUCACCUUCAUCCGGACGCUGGAAAUGCAGCGCUCGUUCUCCAUGAGGGACCGCGGCAACGUGGCCUCGCUUAUAAUGACGGCCCUGCAGGGGCGGCUGGAGUACGCCACCGACGUCCUCAAACACCUGCUGUCGGACCUCAUCGACCGCAACCUGGAGAGCAAGAACCAUCCCAAACUGCUGCUGCGCAGAACGGAGUCGGUUGCAGAGAAGAUGCUCACAAACUGGUUCGCCUUCCUCCUUCACAAAUUCCUCAAGGAGUGUGCUGGGGAGCCUCUGUUCAUGCUGUACUGCGCCAUUAAGCAGCAGAUGGAGAAGGGGCCCAUCGACGCCAUCACCGGAGAGGCCCGCUACUCCCUCAGUGAAGACAAGCUCAUCCGCCAGCAGAUCGAGUACAAAACCCUGAUCCUAAACUGUGUGAACCCAGACAACGAGAACAGUCCAGAGAUUCCAGUGAAGGUGCUCAACUGUGACACCAUCACCCAGGUGAAGGAGAAGAUAUUGGACGCCGUUUACAAGAACAUGCCAUAUUCUCAGCGGCCGCGUGCUGUCGACAUGGACCUCGAGUGGCGCCAGGGGCGAAUGGCUCGCGUGGUGUUGCAGGAUGAAGACAUCACCACCAAGAUAGAAAACGACUGGAAGAGACUCAACACUCUAAUGCACUACCAGGUGUCAGACCGCUGCGUUGUGGCUCUGGUGCCCAAACAGACCUCUUCGUACAACAUCCCUUCCUCAGCCAGCAUAUCCCGCACCUCCAUCAGCAGAUACGACUCUUCAUUCCGCUACACGGGUAGUCCCGACAGCCUCCGUUCACGUGCUCCCAUGAUCACCCCCGAUCUAGAAAGCGGUGUGAAGGUGUGGCACCUGGUGAAGAACCACGAACACGGAGACCAGAAGGAAGGAGACCGUGGUAGCAAGAUGGUCUCUGAGAUUUAUCUGACCAGGCUGCUAGCUACUAAGGGUACUCUACAAAAAUUUGUCGACGAUCUGUUUGAGACGUUGUUCAGUACAGUUCACCGAGGGAGCACUCUUCCCCUCGCCAUCAAAUACAUGUUUGACUUCCUGGAUGAGCAGGCAGACAAACAUGGCAUUCAUGACACAGACGUACGUCACACGUGGAAAAGCAACUGCCUUCCACUGCGUUUCUGGGUGAACGUGAUCAAAAACCCGCAGUUCGUGUUUGACAUCCAUAAGAGCAGCAUCACAGACGCCUGUCUGUCUGUAGUAGCUCAGACCUUUAUGGAUUCCUGCUCCACUUCAGAACACCGCCUGGGCAAAGACUCCCCAUCCAAUAAGCUGCUCUACGCUAAAGAUAUCCCCAAUUACAAGAGCUGGGUAGAGAGGUACUAUGCUGACAUCAACCGGCUGCCAGCCAUUAGUGACCAGGACAUGAAUGCCUAUUUGGCAGAACAGGCCAGACUCCACUCCACAGAGUUUAACAUGCUCAGCGCUCUCAAUGAGAUCUACUCUUACGUCAGCAAGUACAGUGAGGAGAUCACAGCGGCCCUGGAGCAGGAUGAACAGGCGAGGAAGCAGAGGCUGGCCUACAAGGUGGAGCAGCUCAUCUCUGCCAUGUCCCUCGAGAGCUGAGAGUGACCGCUACUCCAAGAGAGAGAGGAGAACGAGAGAGACAGGACCACAGUCUCUACAGGACCUCCCUAAAAAGGUCCCGCAUUACUUACCUCUCAUCGUGGGAUCUACGACCACGAACCAGACCUGGGACCUCUCUGCAUCCACAGCCAGACAGACAUACAACUGCUUUAGUUUGUAAUUCUCUCACCUCCUUCCAUGGCGGCGCCAAGCUGAGGGCCCACAGACUGAGACAGAGGCCCUGCAGCUGGAGCCGAUAAUGGCGUCAGCAGAGAAGGCAACAACAUGGCUUGUGUUUAUUUUUUGUUAAUUUUUCCUCAAAGGAUAUUUUCUCUCAGUUUGACAGGAAAAUUGUGUGUAGUGUGCGGGUGUGUGUGCACGAGCGUGUGUUUGCAUCAUACUGAGGAAGACUCCUGCAAGACCGUGAGAGCAAAUAGAGGAACAGAUUUAUUCUCCACUCAGUCAGAAACUCACAUCUGAGUGUGAGACGGAGACAAGAAGAAAGGCGAGAAGCAGAGGUGCAGAUCUCAUGUUGGACAGUUUGCAUUCAGAUUUUAUUUUUGUACUUGUACAUUUUGAAUAUUAUCAGUUGCAGUUGAAACCUCCACCCAGGAUCCCACACGUGCUGUUGUAUAAAGACAUAAAGAGCGCAACACUACAUCCGGGUAGUGUGGCAGUGAAACAGGCCAUGGUCCACGUCUUCUCUCACUCCUUCCCUCCUCAGACUGAUGCUCCAUGUGACACAGACUAAAACCUCUGCUCUGUAUCCAAUCAGAAGUGUACAGGAAAACAUGAAACUUGUGCUCACCACCUAAGAGUCAAUGGAACUCCUCGCUCGUGGUGGUCACGGUUCAGCCAGCAUGCUUGCACCUGAGGAUGACGGAGAUGAAGUCUAUAGUGUAUUUAGGAGAUGACCUUAAAUCAGCAUCAAUCUGGUGUCCAAGGCUUUGUUUCAGCAGUUAGGUCAUCUGUGUAUGUACCGGUUGAUACUUGCCAAUCAGUGUAUGUGAAUGUACAAAUGUUUUUUUUUUAUUUGUUUGUUUGUAUGUCUAUUUGAGUUUUGCAAACAGAAAGGGGCUCAGUUGAACUGAGCUCCGUAGAGAUUUGCAGUAGCUCGUCAAGUGAACAGCUCCAUUUGUCCGUCUUGGCCCAAGCCCGUCCGACUGCUUCCCCAACAUUAUUUAUCACUUUUCUGCUAGAGGAGAGUGUGUGUCAUCGGCUGCGACUGCGCUGCUCAUACGGCACAGUAUGUGCAGCAUGUAGUUAGUAGGAACCAGACGAGAGCAAUUCACUCUUUGCUAAGCCCUUCCACACCUUGGUUACUGUUGCUAGGUCCGUCGAGCUUUCGCACCCAGCAUGUCAAUAUCGCGUUUUCAGCGAUAUUAGCAAAGAACAUAUGUUGCCAAGAAGUGAAGUCAAUUGUUUGUUCCAUUGUAACAUCAGUGCCCAACAGAAAAGCUACGCUUCCGCCAUUUUGGACUGAAAGCGACUACCGAGCACCGGUAGAAACGUCCGCCUAAAGAGUGCCAUACAAAAGGAAAACAAUUAUUUCUGUUCUGUUGUUCAUAUAUUUAAUGUCCCUAUCGAAAUGGCCCUGUGUUGAACAAUAAAAAAUAUUUAAAAUAUGAUAAGCGUUUUCAGUCCAAAAUGGUGGCAGCGGCUGUUGUCCAAAGGAAACAAUAGCAGAUUUCUGGAGUAAUUGUUCCGAAAUAUCAGAGAGAAGUAGACAGAAAGGACUAAAUUUGAGAGCUACGUUCACAAUAUCAUUUGUCUGCGGAGUAUUGUGAAUGAAGAGGCCAUUCAUGAAUCGAUCCCAAUGCAAGCGUUAGACACCCCACGCCUUGACAACUCAUGUGAAGGACAAACGUAAACAGGAACAACAAUGUUCUAAGUCAAUAUAUUGUUGUUGUUUUUAUGUUUAGUUAUUACUCCCUUUAGCUUUCCAUUAUCUAACAUAAAACUAAAUUAUCCCGCUUUUCCCAUUUGUUUAUAGCAUGCUAGGUACAUCAUGGGCUUGAUCCAUACUCUGGAUCUCACAAAUUAAUAAUUAUUGAUAUUCAACAGUUUGUUUCCUUACACGCAAAGCUAGCUAACGUUAUUAACAUCUUACUUUGGAGCAAAUUAAGAAGUUUUUGUUGAUCUUGGAUGGAUUCAGCUGCAAGUAAUGUCUUCCACAGUUUAAUCCAUAUCCCGCAUCACUCUUCUUGUGUUCUUGGUUUCAGAAAAGCAAAAAAAAUCCAACCCUCUGCUCUAAAUUUUGAGGAAAACUGCCAUCAGACUCAGAUACACACCAAAGAAAGCUUGACAGGCCUCCUGCACCUAGUUCAGUUGCUAAUAGGGCAGGGAAACCACCAGAGGCCCCACGAUGCGAUAUUAUCACGAUACGAUCUUAUUGCAAUUUUAUAAAUAUUGCAAUAUGCUCAGUAUUGCGAUAAGAUAUAUUGCCAUAUAUUACCUUUUUCAACUUAAAAUGAUGCAGUUUCAUCUAAUAAGAUACAGUUUUCACUCUGUUCAUCUCAGAGUUUUCAUUCAUUUCCUUCUUGAGGUCAGAGGUUAAGGGACCCCUUGGAAAUUUGCCAUGCCAGUUAUUCCUCGC